AUGCCUAGCCAAAUUUCCGCACCCAUUCCUGUAACGCCGCCUCGCAAGAGCUUCCGGCCUUACUCUUCUACAGACCUUUUCACCAGUCUGAACGCCACUCUUCAAGCCAAGGACAACCAGCGAGCUACCCCUAUCCGCACCAUCCAAGAGCGUGACUGGGAUGUUCCGGCACCGCCGCCACCUAGCCCGUCGGAAGCCAAAUUCCGCAUCCACAUUCGUACACUCACAGCGGUCAUCAAUAUAGAGAAUUAA